CCCCCCCCGGUCUGGUUGCUGCCCACAGCGAAGAUGGCGGUGGCCGCGCCGUGUUGCUCGGUGGGGCGAUGCCGCCUGCAGCUGCUGGUGUUGGUGGCAGCGGCUGCAGCCGGGCGGGCGGUGGCGGUGAUGGGAGGGAUGUUGUACCCACGGGAGAGCCCGUCCCGGGAGCUGAAGGAGCUCGGAGGAAUUUGGAGCUUCCGUGCCGACUUCUCUCCGAGCCGGGACGCCGGUUUCGAGCAGCGCUGGUACCGGCAGCCGCUCCGGCAGACCGGUCCUGUUAUCGACAUGCCGGUGCCCGCCAGCUUCAAUGACAUCACUCAGGACCCCCACUUGGAGAACUACAUCGGCUGGGUGUGGUAUGAGAAGGAGGUGCAGCUUCCUCAGCGUUGGCUGCAGGACGACCUCAGCACCAGGGUGGUGCUCCGCUUUGGCAGUGCCCACUACUACUCCAUGGUGUGGGUGAAUGGAGAGCAGGUUGUGGAGCACGAAGGUGGUCACCUCCCUUUUGAAGCAGAUAUAAGCAGGAUUGUCCAGCGCAGCCCUGGGGUUCCCUGCCGCAUCACUGUCGCGCUGAACAACACCCUGACGCCGCACACUCUGCCUCCGGGCUCAAUUCAGUACAUGAAUGACAAAACAAGGUAUCCCAAGAACUAUUUUGUACAGAACACCAGGUUUGAUUUCUUUAACUAUGCUGGAAUCCAUCGCCCGGUUGUGCUUUACACCACACCUUCUGUCUACAUAGAUGAUAUCACUGUGACAACUACUUCAUCAGAGAGCGUUGCAAUGGUGCAGUAUCAGGUAUCAGUAGUUGGCAGCGAACUCUAUUCCUUGUCUCUGAGUUUACGUGACCAAGAGGGGAGAGUGGUUGCUACAGGUGAUGGACCAUCAGGAGAGUUAAAAGUGCCAAAUCCAAACCUGUGGUGGCCUUAUCUGAUGCACGAGAGCCCUGGAUACCGCUACUUCUUAGAGGUGAAAGUGCAGGCGCAGGCCAAUGGUGUGCAGCAGGAGGACACCUACACGCUGCCAGUCGGCAUCCGCACCAUUCACAUCACCAGCACACAGUUCCUCAUCAAUGGAAAGCCCUUCUACUUCCACGGGGUCAACAAGCACGAGGACGCAGAUAUUCGUGGCAAAGGCCUGGACUGGUCACUGAUUGUGAAGGAUUUCAACCUGUUGCGCUGGUUGGGGGCAAACUCCUUCCGCACCAGCCACUACCCCUAUGCUGAGGAGAUCAUGGACCUGUGUGACACCUACGGCAUCGUGGUGAUCGACGAGUGCCCAGGAGUGGGGAUUAAGAUGCCUGAGAGCUUUGGGAACAAAUCACUACAGCAUCAUCUUGUUGUGAUGGAGGAGCUGAUCCGCAGGGAUAAGAACAGGCCCUCAGUUGUGAUGUGGUCAGUAGCCAAUGAACCAGCAUCAGAGCUGCCCCCAGCAGCUUACUACUUCAAGACACUGAUAGCUCACACUAAAGCUCUGGAUCCCUCCAGACCUGUAACGUUUGUGACUGAUUCUAACUACGCUCUUGAUCGUGGUGCUCCUUAUGUGGAUGUAAUCUGUGUGAACAGCUACUUCUCCUGGUACCACGACUCAGGCCAUCUGGAAGUUAUUCCACUGCAACUUACAGCACAGUUUGAGAAUUGGUAUAAAACCUACCAGAAACCCAUUAUCCAGAGUGAAUAUGGAGCUGACUCGGUUCCUGGACUUCACAGUGAUCCACCUGCUAUGUUCAGUGAGGAGUAUCAGAAAGCUCUGCUGAAAGAAUAUCAUUCUGUGUUUGACAAGAAGAGGAAAGAGUAUGUGAUUGGGGAACUCAUCUGGAAUUUUGCUGAUUUCAUGACUAACCAAGGGAUCACACGUGUUUUGGGGAACAAGAAAGGAAUAUUUACCCGCCAACGACAGCCCAAGUCAGCUGCGUUUGUUCUGAGAGAAAGAUACUGGAAGAUUGCAAAUGAAUCAAGCUGCCUUCCUCCUAUAAUAAAAUCACAUAUCCUCUUUCUAUAAUGAAAUGAAAAGACAUUAACAGCUGGGUACUAUGCUGAACUUUUUAAUUAAAUUUGUUUAAAUAAUA